UCCAGGCAAAAAACAGGCAACAUGGGCAAACACGGCCGCAACCAGACGGCGAGCUCCGUGUACACCUACCACGAGCGACAGAAGGACAAGCUGCAAAACAAGUAUGGUACGCUCAAGCAGCGACUGGGCGUCGACUCGACCAAGGAGGUCGAUUGCUGCUGCUUGACGUUGCAGCCAGUCGUAGACGGUGUCGUGACACCGGAUGGUUACCUCUACGAGCGUGAGGCUAUUCUCGAAAACCUGCUGCACCAAAAGCGGGAAUAUGUCCGUCAGAUGAAGGAGUAUCAACGACAAGUGGAGCGUGAAAAGCAGGAGGGUCUUGAAACUGAGGCUGCUGCGCAUCGCGACCGGAUCGAGGCCUUUCGCCAAGCUGAGCGAGGUAUCACGGCGGCCCAGAUUUCAUCUUUCACCAAGGAUGACAAAGUGCGCACGCAUGCCAGUGAUGCCUUGGACGAGGCCAAAUCCAGAGCGUUCCGCAUCAAGACCGCCAAGGGCGAACAAGAGGCCAACCACGCUGCGUUUUGGGUCCCGCAAAUGGCACCCGAGGCCUCAAAGACAAAGCUGACCAAGCCGGAUAAGAAAACUCGAUGCCCCACUUCUGGGCGUCCGCUCAAGGUCAAAGACCUGAUUACCGUGCGCUUCACCGAGGCCGACCCGAGCUCCUCCAUUCCCCUCAUCUCACGCCCGGAGCGAUACAUGUGUCCCGUCACGCGCACCGCCCUCAAGGGCAAUGUUGAGGCAGCUGUGCUGCGCCCUACGGGUCGAGUCGUAACCAUGGACUGUAUCAAGCGGCUCAUCAAGCCAGACAUGCGCGACCCCAUUUCUGGCGAAGCCUUGACCGACGCUGAUAUCAUUCCCCUCAAGCUGAAAGCGUCGGGCUUUGCUGCCUCCAACCAGCAGCUGUCGGCUUCCAAAGUCACGGCCAUGCAAACAGCAACCUAAUGUCAAAAAUGGCUACUUGUUGUUCCUUUGCAUGAGUUUUGAUUCGAAGCACACUACCCCAGUUGAUGGACUUGACCCC